CGCACUAAAACGACCGCGGCUCAUUUCGCUUCAAAACCUCGUGACGAGCGGUUGCCGCGAUUGCCGCGUUCGCUGUCUUUCCGAUUUCCUCAAAAAGCAAGCCACUUUUUUGUAUAACUACAACAUUUUUUUUCGAAGCAACCAAAUCAUUAAGCAAAUCGAGCAACAAUAACCUGCUAAACAAAACAAUUCACUACCAGAACGCGCUAAACAACCCGCAGAUAUAUAUUGAAUAUAUAUAAAACAAGCAAUCACUUGAAAAUAUUGUGUGUGGUGAAAAGUGAGUGUUUAUUUUUGGGAAAUAGAAAUAGAAAUAGUUAACCAAGCCAACCAACCAAUCGCUUCCAAUGGAAAUCAUGUGCCUAAAAAUGCAAAUUGCUCGAAGAAAAUCAACAACGUCUAUUUAAAAAACAAAAAAAAGUCAACUCAAGCCAAUCAAAUACAAAACGUGUUGGGAAAAAGUAAAAAAAAUAUAAAAAUACAGCAAAUACAAAAUCAAACAACAACAGUCUCUCGCGCACACAAAUAUUUUUAUAAAUCUAUAUAUACGUACAUAUAUAAAAUUGCAUAAAAAUAUUUUUUACUCAAGACAACGACGCACACACACGCAGCAACGAGAUACACAGAUACAUUCGCCGCUCGCACACACACGCACACAUAGGCGACGACGUGGCCCCGCUCUCGGUGUGUUGGUGUAUCUGUGUGUGAUUGUGCGACGCCAGCUUCGCUGCUCCACCAACAAAAGCAACAACCACAACAACACUACCGCCGGUCGCCAAGUUGAUUAUUAUUAUUUUUUUGGCACGCCAAAAACCAAAAACCAAACCAAAACCCAGCGAAUAUAUAAAAAUACGCGGCUGGCAAAAAUAAUAACAAAAUCAAACAUCGUCGCCGGCGUCGUUUUUGUGUUAAUUAAAUUUACUUUUGUGAAUGAAAUGCGAAAGAAAGCAAAGCGAAAAAUCACCUUUAAUAAAUGCUAAAUUAAAACCAGCAGUCGCGAUCGCGAGUAAGCAUCUGAAGAGCCCCCCUCUCCAAAUCGCCUUUGGAUUACACCCAAAAGAAACGAAUUCAUCAUUUUGGAUACUUCUCGAAAAUUAAGGAUUACACAACACUUUCAACUCACAUCUACGGUGAUUAAUUACGGAAUUUGUACCACGGAUUGCUUUUGAAAAUCAAUAAAGCAAUCGCAGCUGUCUGAAUCUGCAAAAGGAUGAAGGCAAAUCGAGCUGAGUCCGGGCGCAGCAACUACGAUCGACGGCAUUGAGGAUCUCGGAUCUCGAGGUGGAGGAGCGAUCUCGAUCUCGAGGUGGAGCGAGGAGCGGAGGAGGAGUGGAGGAGUGCAGCUGGGGGAGGAGUCCUGGUUACAACACUACAUGGAUCGCAGAAAUGGCGGCGAUCCCUUGGCGCCACCCCGGCCCCCGAAGUUAUUACCGCGCGUGCAUCGACCAAGGGCGCCGGAGCCGACGUUGAGUGGUGUCGAUCAUACUGCAGGAGGAACUGCAUCCGCACUAGCAUCAGGAGCAUCAUCUGCAGCACCCGUAGCAAUCCAUAACAACAAUUCACAGCAGCAACUUAGUAUUAGCGCCGCCGCGAGCAACAACAAUACGAUAUCGAUAAUACCCGCAUCGCCGGACUUCGACGACUACCAGAUCCACCAUCUGACCUUCCUGCCCCAGCGUCCCAGCAGUCUGAGCCGGAACAGCAGUACGGCGUCAUCGACUACGGCGACGGGCAUUAGUGUCUCCGGUUCGGGUUCUGUGUCGGGUUCGUCGUCCAGCUUCACGAGACGUCGACCGCCGGCACCUGUACCGCUGGUCAACAGCAUCAGCAUCAGCAACAACAACAACAACAGCAUCAACAACAACUUCCUUAGUCAUUUCCAAAGCGCUGAGCCGGCGAGCAACGCUCUGGGCCAGCCGCCCGCCUCCCCCGUCACGCUGGCGCAACCGCGACCCGAAUCCGAAAGGCUAACCAACGAGUAUGUGGACACGCCGCUGCAACAUGCGACGCGCUCGCAGCAUCCGGCUGGCCAGCAGGAUAAUGGCCAGACGACCACCCACCACCUGUUGCUGCUGCCCCAGCGGAAUCAGCACCUGCACCUGCAACAACACCAGCAGCAACAGCAGCACCUGCAGCAGCAGCAACAGCAGCAGCAGCAUCUGCAGCAGCAGCAACACCAGCAACAUGCGCGACUGGCGACGACGACGCAGGCGACGUCCGUUGGCAGCGACCACACCGAUGGCUUACUACAUUCGCACCUGCAAAAUAGCACCACUAAACCACCCGCCUCGAAGCAGCCGGCACCGCCCAGACUGGGAAUGGGCCUGGGAUUGGGAUUGGGUCUCGGUCUGAACCAGCCCAUCAUCACCAAGCAGCCGACACCCGCCACGCAAAAGGAGCACAUGCACGCGCUGGAGGAGCUGCUGCAACCGGGCGGAGCCGGCGGCAACGGAGGACCCCUGGUGAUGGCCGGCGAUCCCAGCCUGCUGAAUCCCAUCGUCUGUCCGCGAUGCGGUCGCUGUCGCUGCGAGCAGUGCCAGAGCCCCAGGCCGCUGCCCCAGACGUGGGUGUGCAACAAGACGUGUCUGUGCAGCGCCGAGUCGGUCAUCGACUAUGCCUCCUGCCUGUGCUGCGCCAAGGCGCUGUUCUAUCACUGUGCCCGGGACAACGACCUGGACUGCGAUGAUGGCAACGGCACACCCUGCGUGGAUAAUCCCUGCUCCUGCGGUCCCUACAAGCGCACCCAGAGAUGGGGCUGGCUGGGAGCACUGUCGAUCUUCCUGCCCUGCCUGUGGUUCUACUGGCCCAUGCGGGGCUGCAUGAAGCUGUGCGAGAAGUGCUACGGCAGGUUCGCCGGUCGGGGAUGCCGCUGUCAGGGCAUCGGCGGAGGAGGAGCAGGAUCCGGAGGCGGAGUGGGUAGCAUUGGAUCCACCAGCAGCAUGCUGCCCAUAGUGCCGCUUGGGGUGAAUGGCAGUGGGCUGGGCGGCGGCGUGAGCCUCUCCGGCGGCGUGACGGAUGGUGGACUCAACCAAGCCAAUGGCAAGGCCAUGGAUCAUGGAUGCAGUGCCGCCAGGAGCAUACUGCGAAAGGGUGACCUCACCCCGGAGAAGCGGCUCCUGGACUCCAGUCCCGACUACUAAGGGUCCUUUCCAUGUGCCCGGUUUUUUACCCGAGCAAAAAGCCUGCGGCACAGAUGGGAAGCUGGAUCAUGGACACAUACCCCAUAUAUAUACGGAAAAUAUUUAAUAUAUGAUUUAAAAGGAUAUAUAAAAAAAGAGGAAAGAAAGAAAGAAAGAAAAAAUUAAAUAACCAAAGACUGCAAACAGAUAAUUAUUAAUUAUUAGAAAUGUUAUUUAAAAAAUAAUUUUUUGCUUAAAACAAAUCGAGUGGCGACGAGUGGAAAACAAAACUGACGAAACGAAAGCGAUUAGGAAUUAUUUUUCGAACGAUUUUUUUGUAUUAUUUGAUUUUGUUUUACUUGCUUAACUAACUCUUCAGUUCAACGUUCAAUUUCUAAGUCAAAUUCUUACUUUAUAAACAUAACUAGUUGUAUGCAAAUAAUUCCAAUGAAUUUUCCACGAAUGUAAAGUAAACGGGCGAAAGUUUUUAUUAUUUUCAUAUACAAAACUGAAAAACUGAACAAUUUGGGGCAAGCGUAACAAAACACCAUAUUAUAUAUACCUAUAUACACACACGGGAGAACUUUUAGAGAAAUAUUCAAUGGCGUAAAUUAGUCAAAUAUUAUAUAUACCAAGUCCAGUCCAUUUUUGAUGUUGUAGAAAGAACAGAAACGAAACAAAACAAAAACCGAAAACUGAAAAUUACACAAAAAUAUUUUAGAACUUUACGAAUUUAAAUCUUAAAAUUGAUAUGUGUAUGUAUGUGUGUGUAUGUUGCGGGCGACGAACUUUUCGAUAAAUUUAGAGCAACCUAGACCAGUCUAAAUGUGCUUAGAAACCGAUAUAGAUGUACUGCAAACCAAAAGUCAGUUAGUUUACUUUACCAACUACGAAGCCGGAACAAAUCUGAGGAGCGAAAAUAUGGGAUAACGAAAUCGGUUGCUUAUGAACUUAUUUUAUAGUUGAAGAUAGGUCGGUGGGUUCGUAGUGUUUCCAGCCAGCAGCCCCAAAAAUGUGAGCAAGAUUGUAUAUAUGAUGAAAUUUUUAAGCGAAAUGCGAGAUACAAAAUGCAAGCAAAUUCCAAAUAAUAGAAAAACAAAAAACAACAAAGCAAAACUUAAGUGUAACGAUAAACCCACAUCUAAAUGCAGCAAAAUACAAACAAACAAACAAACAUUUUUUGUAUAGAAUAUCCAUAUGAAAUAUGACAACAAAAACAGUGGCAAAUUAGCAACUUAAAACAAAUUUAUACACGUAAAAGCAAGAAGCAAGCGAAAAAAGUAAAUUAAAGAUUAAUGUUAAACACUAAAACACAUUACUAUAUGCUAUAUAUGUAAUCUGUAUAUGUACUAUAUAUAACUAUAUAUAUACGCCUAGAUAUACACACUGAAAACUAUGCUUAAAACUCCUAACUUCUAAAAAAACGCAACAAAAAAGGAAAAAAGAAAAACCCCAAAAAACAAACUAAAAGCUGGAAAAACUCCUUAAAGCCUAGCCGUUAAUGAAAAUUCAAGAAGCGCAGACCUACAACAAAAACAGAAAAAUUAUACACGCAUAAUGAUAAAGAUAACGAUAAAGAUAAAUAUUAAUAUUUAAGGCACUCUAUACAUACAAAAGCUAUGCAUAAUGAAUAUUUAUUUUAUUUGUACAUUUCAUUAUAAUAAAAUAAACUGAGUAGAAAGUGACGCGUUGAGUAGGACGAGUAUGUGGGGUUUUCACUACGAAGCCCUGGAGAACCAGAAGAACUUUAUGUAAUGUUUUUAGAAUGUAUGUUCCGUUGAAAACUACAAAAUAAAAAAAAUCAUAUAAUACUAAAAAAUA